GCGCCGAUUGGAGCUCUAAGACAUUGCUAACUUAAAAAUAUAGGGGUUUUCUAGGUUGUAAGUCAAGGGCAGUCAAGGGCAGUUAAGGCCUUAACGCAACUUAGAGCUGGGUUGACGGGCUCAAGGUGACACAGACACGGCCGCCAUUUCGUCACCUGCCCCUAACCGCUAAACCACUAACUUUAAUUCCCCGUCUUCCGCUUUCCGCGUUCCAUCCAAUAAUGGUUCCUCGGAACGAGGAACAGCUACGCCGCCCAGCCCCAAACACUCGCUUACUCUCAGUCCAGUCCAUCGUAUCCAAGCAUUCUUUCCGUUCAUACUCCUCUUCAUUCGAAGCUGACGAUGAACGAUCAACCUCUACCGAAUCAGGCAGAAUGACACCGGCACCUAGCAUCGUCGAUGAUGGCCUACCUCCCAGCCGCUAUCAUGGCGAAGACACUCGUCCGACCAGCACCAAGGAGCUUGCUGGUUGGUACAUGUAUGCCUUUGCCGCCGAGACCUAUGUAAUAUGCGGAAUAUCUUCGUUCGUUCCGAUCCUACUAGAAAGUUUGGCAAGAGAAAAUGGAGUCCUCUUAUCCGAUCAUGAAACACCCUGCGGCGACAACGCAAAUGGACAGUGUGUUGUCUCUAUCCUCGGUAUCGAAAUCAACACUGCUAGCUUUGCCAUGUACACAUUCAGUAUAAGUGUCCUACUACAAGCACUACUAGUAGUCAGCAUUAGCUGUGCAGCCGACCACGGGAAUUAUCGAAAACGGUUGUUGUUGACAUUCGCCUGGGUUGGAAGCUUCUCUGUCAUGUGCUACAUAUUUGUCUCCAAGGAGAUAUACAUCGUCGGCGCAUUAAUAGCUAUCAUAUCAAACACAUCGUUCGGAGCGUCCUUCGUUCUCCUAAACUCAUUCCUCCCUCUGCUUGUCCGCCACCACCCUAGAGUACAAGAGUCAGCAUCGGGAAUACCGGACAACUUUGAUCUACAAUCUAACCCAGCAAUCGAACAUGAAUCCUACUCAACAUCUCUUGCCGAAGAACCCCUAAGCAAUUCGACAAGUGCCUUGUUACCGCACAACGAUGCCGACUCUGACAUACAUGAUCUACGACGGGUACCGACUCACGAAGAGCUUACCUCUAUUGAACUUCAACUCUCUACUCAGAUAUCCUCGAAGGGGAUUGGGAUCGGCUAUGGUGCUGCCUUGUUCGCACAAUGCGCUUCUAUCUUAAUCUUGGUGAGCAUGGGCAGCUCUACCUGGUCACAACGAGUCGUCCUCUUCCUCAUUGGAGCUUGGUGGGCCAUAUUUACGAUACCGGCGGCUAUGUGGCUUAGACCUAGACCCGGGCCUCCUCUCGCAGAGAGUCAAUACCGAGGAACUCGUGCUUGGCUAUCGUAUAUCGCGUACUCCUGGAAGAAUCUCUUCCGGACUGUGAAGCUGGCGCGACGCUUGAUAGAUAUUGUCUUGUUCUUAGCUAGCUGGUUUCUGAUUUCCGACGCCAUCGCGACGACGUCUUCAACCGCGAUCUUAUUUGCUAAAACGCAGUUAGGUAUGAAACCUUGGGCUCUAGGGAUGAUCAACGUCAUUUCUACUACCACGGGUGUCCUGGGCGCAUUCGGUUGGUCAUUCGUAUCGAGAUAUUUCAAGUUGAAACCGCACCAAACCGUACUGAGCUGUAUUGCUCUUUUUGAGAUUAUACCUCUUUAUGGUCUUCUGGGUUACUUACCCUUCGUUCGGCGAUGGGGAGUCCUUGGGCUUCAGCGCCCGUGGGAAAUGUAUCCAUUGGCCGCCCUUUAUGGCAUCGUCCUCGGUGGACUUAGUUCAUAUUGUCGGUCAUUAUAUGGAGAGCUGAUUCCUCCCGGUUCCGAAGCUGCGUUCUAUGCCCUAUACGCUAUUACCGAUAAGGGUUCGAGCAUAUUUGGUCCUGUUAUAGUUGGAGCUAUUAUCGACGCGUCCGGUGAGAUCCGACCCGCGUUCUGGUUUCUCGCGGCGUUAGUCGGUAUCCCCGCACCAAUUAUCUACUUUGUCAACGUCGAACGCGGAAAGUAUGAAGGCGAGAAACUAGCCGAGGUCAUCGAAGGAUUCAAGAGUGCAGAAGAAAGCCAAAGAAGCACGUCUCACGAUGACGGUGAUAGUCAACCAAUACUUGCCGCUUAUGACACAGAUGAUGACGGGGUUAACGACCAUGCGAGGUCAUAAUUGUGCCAACUUCAUUCCCUAAGAGCGUAUCUAUCCAUCUUGCAUAGCGCCGGCGUUGACGACUAUUGACCACAAAAAGAGAGUUGUAUGAUCGCGACUCUUAGAUACCUAGCUUUCAAAUCGAGACUUAUUUUAUUAAAUAUUACAUAUCUUACGCAAGUUGUUGGGGGUUUUCUCUAUAUGGCAUGCAGCUCGCAAAUAUGACGACAAACUUACAUGGCCUCAUUACAGCCAAUAGGGGAACGUACAAUCAGAGAUAUUAAUUC